GAACCACGUUUUUAGUUGAGUGAAUUUUCUCCACGCGGCGCUAGUUGAUCACACUUAUAUCUAGCGUAUCAGUGGCAGUGGGUACCACCAACACUGCUAUGCAAAUUUUAGCAUGUCGGUCACUGUCAAUCAGUGUUACACACGAUUAACUUGCAGUUUCUUGCUACUUUUAUAUAACAAUGAUGAAUGAUAAACUAUGACGGAAAUUGCUAAAAUAUUGAAAAUGACUACUGUAAAUGCAACCUCAGCGCUUAGCGCUGUUUUAUUUAUUUUUCAUGGUUCAGGAUCUUCCGGACCCGACUUGAAACGAUGGAUCGAUUUUUUAAACAAAGAGGAGUUAAAAUUUCCACAUAUAAAGAUUAUUUAUCCUUCUGCACCAUCUCAACCUUAUACACCAAAUUUUGGAAUGCCUAGCAAUGUAUGGUUCAAUCGCAAGAGUAUAGCCAUUAAUGUUUCUGAAGAAGUAGAAUCUAUAAAUUCAAUGUGUCAAAAUAUAUCAGAACUGAUUGAUAAAGAGGUUUCUAAUGGGAUUCCCUAUAAUAGAAUAAUUAUUGGUGGUUUUUCUAUGGGAGGUGCACUAUCCUUAUAUUUGGCAUACAGAUACAGACCUUCUAUAGCUGGGUGCUUUGCUAUGUCUAGCUUUCUUAACAAAGAUUCAUUAGUAUAUCAGUCUUUAAAAGAGAAACCAGGAACAACACCACCUCUUUUGCAAUUUCAUGGUACUGCAGAUGAUUUAGUACCACUGAGAUGGGGAGAAAAGACUUAUAAUAAUCUAAAGGAACUUGGAGUCAGUGGCCAAUUUAUACCCUUAGAUCAUGUGGGUCACGAAUUAAGUAGGCCUGAGAUAGAAUCCUUAAAAAAAUGGGUGUUAUCAAUUUUGCCAGAGACAUAAGCUUGUACUAAGUUUAUCUCAUGAAUAGAAACGUGAAAUUACAUGUGCCUUUUUUAACUACAAUUUAAAUAUUGUACUUUUACACAUGAAAUGUUACUGCAAACAUUUUAACUGACCAAAUAAAUUUGUCUGGUUGUAUUC